GGCAGCUCCGACGCGCGCGCGACAGUCGCGAAGAAUGUGGAAGAGAUGUGCGUGCUGACAGAAGGCCGCGCGCUGUCACCGCGCCAAGCAAGCGCCCUGCACCCGCCUCCCCCUCCCUCAGUCUCUCGCUCUCUCACCAACGCCUCUCCUUCUCUCUCACACCCACACUCGCACGGACCUCGCACACACGCACGUCCACAGACCCACACACACACACAGCUGCUGGCGGCCGCGCUCCGCCUCGCCUCUUUAUGCAGAGAGCGGCCAAGAUGGCGGGUCCCUCUCUGUCAGUGCUGAGAGCGCCGCCGAACAUUUCGGACUACCCCGGGUCCCGGAGACCGUGCGGCUCUCUCCAGUGUGUUGCCAGCCACCCGAAUCGUGUGUUUUUCAUGUGGUGGUUCUUCUUGCUCGUUUUCCUCGCCGGCCACGACCGCCAGGCAGUGAUGGCGGCCGUCCCCGACACCAGUGGUCUGUGUGUGUUGAAGGGACGCAUUUACACGGAGCGACUGUGGUACGGCUACCUCCUCGACAAGGCCUUCCAGCGCGACUACGCCAAGAUACAGUACCAGAUCUCCUACCCCGUCAAGGAAUGCUGCACCAGCCUGCUCAUCUACUACGACGACCAGAUCAAGGGGUUGACUCAGGACAUGAGCUGCGAGGAUCGGGAAGGGGUGCUGCCCAACAACAACAACCAGAUCAUCCCCCUCCACACCCACAACCGCACGGUGGGUUGCUCGGUGUGGAACGAGACAGGUGAGCCGUAUUAUGUUUGUGUGGGCGAGCGCAUCUUCAGGUCCAGCGGACCUCGCACCUGGUACUUCGCGCUCAGUCGCUGCCAGGCCACCUCCCCUCUCACCCUCACCUAUGCGUUCAACGUGUCUGGUUACUAUGGCGACUGCGAAGAGGACCCGUUGGUCCGGACCUACAUCCCUCCUUCCCCGAAGGCCGACAACGACGUGUACGUGUCGGUGGCGCUGGGGAUCGUGGCGGGGCUGGCCCUCAUCGCCACCGCCGUCUUCUUCGUCUUGUGGCUGGUGGCUCGGCGGCGGGCGGCCAACAGCAAAGGCAGUAGCGUGACGUCAUCGCAGGCCACCAUGACGCAAGACGACAUCUUCUACGUCAACCCGUCGCUGAGCGACCGGGAGCAGGGCGCCGAGUACAACAGCCAAGCCAGCUCUGAGAAUUACUACGAGGUCAUCCCGGAGCGGCGGAGCUACGAGAGCAUCAACCCCCACUUGCUGGCCGCCGGGCCCGGGGGGGUCGGAAUGGCGGCGGGGGCCGGGCACCACCCCCUGGCCCACCCGCACCCACACGCCCUCAACAGCCACCUGCACCCGGCCCACGCGCAUGUGCAUGUGGCGGCCCACCCCAGGCAGGUGCAUCUGCACCCUGCCCACCACAACACCCACGUCAAGGAGUCGGCCUUCCAUCGCCCGCAUCCUCCCACCCAGGCCAUGGGCUACGUCUUCGACGACUAUCCCCCACCCCCCUACCAGCCCCCACGACUGGCCGGCUCCGCGCGCCACCACACCCUGCACCACCCCACCCCACAUCACCACCACACCCUCUCCCUGCCCACCUCCACUCGCCCUCGGCCCGCCCUCAUCAACCUGACGCAGGCCGGUGGCCUCGGCUUCCCCCCGGUCCUGCCCCCCGCCCCCGCUGGGAUCAACAACAACACCUCUAGCAGUAACAACAACAACGGCAACAACAGCAACAACAACAUCAGCGCCGCGGGCACCCUCCUGUCGACGGCCGCGGGCGGCGCCGGCUCCCCUCUCACCCUGCAGGGGGAGACUAGUGCGUGACUAGCCGCACGGAGGAAGGAGAAUAAAGUUCGCAUCAAGACCACGGAAGUUUGAUGACGUCACCAUUGGUUUGCACGUCACGGUGACAAACGUCAGCGAGCAGGUUGGAAGCCACUGACGUCACUUUGAGAACGUGUGGGUCGACGUGUGGAGGUGGAACGGGUAUGGUUAACACCCUGGGAAACAAAAGAUGAGAGAAAGAGAGCGAGCUAGAGAGAGAGAAAGAGGCAGAUGAUGAUGAUGAUGAUGACGACGACCUGGCGGUCGAGUCCGUUUUGCUGUACUACGUCACUUCCUACAGACGUGACAUGCGUGGUAUUGUGGCGUGACGUGGCUUAUUUGCUGGCAUGUCUCUCAGCUUUUGUGUUUUCGCUCAGUGAUCGCAGUUGUUGUACACAUUUGCAUUUGUGAAAUAAUGGCAGACUCAAAGAUGGCGGGAGCAGAAUGUGGGAGAGAACGAGAUUUCCGAAACAUUUUUUUUUUUCAAAAAAAAAAAUCGUUUCUUUUUCACGUCUGACUCUUUGGUUUGUGAACUGUGAAUACAACAAGAUGUGCUUUCGUGUUGUGGCAUAUUUUUUUCCCUUCCUGUCCACCCAACCAAACCUCCUUCCUCCGCCAUUGAUUUUGAUAAUUAAGGUAGAUAGCCAGUCUGAUUUAAGUGCCGGGUGGACAAAUCUGGAAAUUUCCUCGUGAAGCUAGAUAUCUCGUCAUGUGACUUGACUCUUUGUGACGAAGUGACCAAACGUUGGAUUUAGUCCCUGAUGUUGACCCCGUCACUCCUAGUCGGGGUCAUGACUGUUAUAAGCUCCACCGGAGUCGGAUUACACUCGUAUCUGGGAGAGAGUCUGAUAAUGUAUCAGCGUCUGCAAUAUUGUACUUACUGUACUUAGCUCUCCCACUGAUUGUCCACACGUUGCCCAGCUGCUUGGUGUGAUUGUCUGUGUGUCUGUCUGUGUGUGAGUGUGUUGACCAGUGGUCACUGAAGACGAGCAGUCAGUGCUCUCCCAGCCCCGCUUGUCCUCCAACCUUUGCUGUACCUCUCUCUGUGUGUACACCCGCCUGUUGUCUUCAUGUUUACCUGUGGUUACCUGUGAGGUCUACGUGUCAGCGACCAAGACGCCUUCCUUUUGUCACGAGCCCUGAUCAAUCAUUUCAUCGCUCCAAACGUCACGACACCGACGUGACAAAAGCAAGUCGCCAACCUCCUCUCCUUGCUUGCCCCUCGUUGACAAACAGACAGCAGGUUAGGGACGGGAGGAUACGUGAAGGACCCCACGCACCCCGAGAGUCGUGACGGAGGAAGAGGAGGGAGGAGGAGGAGGAGGAGAAAGACCUUCACAGACAUGCCCCUCAAACAAGCUGACCCAUCAGUCGCCUCCUAAACUGCUUUGUGAACUCCUCCACAAAACUAUUUCUCCCUCAGGUGGAGACUACCUGUGCAAUGCCAACAAUUCACAAAGACUGAUGCGCCCUCUGUUGGUGUCGACGUGCUUUUUAUUUUUCUUCUUUUUGUCAGAGGUCUGUGCUGUUGUUGCUGGACUCGGUGGCUGACCACACACCGUGUCGGCUCAGACCUUUGUCUAACCGUCACCUGUCGACCACUUGUUGGGAGCAGCACGUACGAAGGUCAGCGAACCAUAAAAUCUCCCCCCCUUACCCCCCAUCUUCCCUUUCAUCUUAUCACAUUGCUCAAACAUGAAGCCGGACACUGUAGGUAACUCCCGACACGAGAGCUACAACUGCGACAAAGGCAUCCUUCUCACUCCAUCAUUGUCGACGACGGCGGCUGUGUACAGCAAGAGGAGAGAGAGAGAGAAAGAACUUCAGAGCUGGGAGGCUGGUAUUGUGGGAGGACCUUGUUCCAGAAUAGGUCAUCGAUUUUCUGCAGAGACCAUUCUUCUCUCAUCACCAUCUCCCAUCUCCAGCUGGACUUCAGCGGCCAUUCUGCUUCAAAAGAAGGAGAGAGAGAGAGAAAGAGGGACUGGGUCACGUGAUUUAUAACAAUGCAUGUCUGCUUUGUGUGCAUGUGACAUAGUUUGGCGCCAUACUUGUGUAAACUAGCUGCUGUCGGACUUUCCAGUGUACCACCACUUGUAACUGUACUCGACUUUGAUAACUGCACUAGAUCAACUCUGAGUACGUGUACCCACAGGUGCACACGAGUGUACAGCGUAAAAACCCACCUCCUACCCACACCACCACCACCACCACCACCACCACCCUCUUCCCUAACAUUUUUGACAGAUGACUCUUUACCUGGCUGACACCACGUGGAAAGUGACUACAGUUCUCUAUGAUUCAUUGGAUCGGAGGUGAAGUGUGGCUGCGCACAAACCUUUUGACAUCUACACGAGAUCAAAGAGCGCCGCCAGAGGUAACCUGUGCGCGUGGAGUCACCUCCAGUCUUAUCUCCAGCAUCCGAGCAGUGUAGUAGGAGGCAGUGCCCGACACCUGACUCCACUUGGCGAAGGUGCAGAUAAGGAGUGACAAGCUUGUCUGGAGAACACAAUGGAGGAAGUAAUUUAGAGUUAUUUAUCGGAGUUGUUUGUUUAGGACCAGCGUGCUCAGACACCGUGAAGGACUCUAUCGUCAUUACUGGUUUAACAGCACUGUAGGUGUGGCUGUGUCAGGUAUUCACUCACCUGUACACCCAUCACUAACAUCAGGAAACUUGUCCUGCCAUUGACCUGAGCUUCGAUAGACUAGUGUAGUGAGGACACGCUUGGCUGAGCAAACAUUACAGCCUGAGGGAGGGUGGGGAUGGGAAGGAGGAGACAUCUUGUACAGAGCUUGUGUGUAUCUGUGUUGCCAUGCCGCUUGUGAAGAACUAAGUUGUCACAGGUGAGUGCACAUUCUACGGCAAUAGUCAGAAAGGUUAGUUAGACUUGAGGUCCCCCUCCACUUGUCUGUUCUUUGUGUCUCGCGCUUCUGUGGUGUUUGGUCAGUUGUGAUUUUUUUUUUUUCCACAUGUCAGAACUUGAUUGAUGUAUCACGCUUUGAUGUUUAACGUCGGCAAAGCUGUCUGAAGGUAAAGUUGAUUGAUUUUGAAGCAUCAAGAGAUUGUGAUUUUGAUGAUUGAGGAUGGUUGUGUGAAAGAAAGAUCUUUUGAAGAUAUGUUUUCCACACUAACAUGCAUGCGUUCGAGCACACACACACAAACAAACAAACAAAAGGUGGUUUUAUGUUUAUCUGGAUUUUCGAGGCUUACAUCCGUUAGUCUGAACUGAUGAUGUUGUUGAAAAGACUUGAGACCAAUAUACUGGAUGGACUGAGUGUCACACAACUCAGACUCUGCAUUAUUGAGCAGCGCUGAUUGUCGCUCACUGCGGCGCGUGCGUUGUUGGGGGGAGCAGGCGCGCGUCACAUUGGUGCGUGUGUGUGUGUGUUCCUCCCAGAGCUGGCGCUGCAGCUCGCAUCGCGUAAAGCGGCCUCUCUUCCUCCCCUCCUCUCCUCCCGUUUGCACCGCACGGAAUGACCGAGAGAAUUUGGCGUCUGCUCUUCCGAGCGUGAGCAUUUCUUUGCACGGCCGGCAUAAUUACUGUCUCCCCCCUCGCCCCCGGUCCCCUCUCCUCCUGCCAUCGAUCGCGCAGCGAAACCAUGGACGACGGACGCCCUCCGUGCAACAAUGGUCGGUCGGUCUGACGGUCGGUCGGACGGACGGUCGGUCGGUCGUCCACGAGAAAUGCGAAGGUCGCACGAGCGGGUGGCCCAGGGACUGUGACUUGCCGCGGAGGGUUUCGUCGUGCGUGCGUGCGCGACCGCGCGAGCGUGCAGCAAGCACACCAACACGGCAGCUGCAUGGACAAGCGGCAGAGCUGGCGAUGGAGAGGGUUCGGGGGAAGUACCUGAGGAAGGGAGGGGAAUAUGAGAAGGGGGGAGUCUCGGAAGGAGGGGAAUAUUAGAGGGCUUAGCAAGCCAUUUGGAACUGUAAUUAGUUUGCUGCUCGGCUAAUCCGUUGAUGGCCAGGGGGUCGCGCUUGUGCAGAGGACGCGUUGGACUGGGGUCUGGGAGGAACCCCCGUGCAGGGGCAUUCGGGUCACGAUGCUGUCUCGCUUGUUUUUCCUCCCGAUCGACAUGGCGCAAAGCGCAGCGGAAGUCUCGCGAGAUCGAACGAGCUGGGCCUGAUCGAAGCCGCGCAUAAGUGACUGGCGAUCCCCACCCCUCCCUUUACAAGUCCACAGAGAAGUGUAACGAAGAGAUUGAUGCUUUCGAUGGUUUUUUUCUUUCUGUGAUAGCAUCAUCUUCUGUCUUCUGUUAAAAUGUUGCAGAUUGCAACGAAAGCUGAAUCGCUGGUGGAUGAUGAGCGCGGGUGGUUGUUUGUAAGUUCAUGACAGGAGAUUCCAGGCUCAGCAACUGUACACUUCGUUACUUGGUAUUUGUAGACAUCACUGUUUCCACAAGUGCUUGAACUUCAAUGUUCAAGGGACACUUACACAGAGUGGGGGAGAAGGGGAGGGAAAGACAACUUUCUGCCAACAAUAUUCCCAAAGAACACUACUUUAAAACCACAAUUUAUUCAUUCCGACAUUUCGAAACAAAAUGGCCGAGACGUGUGUAGGUGCGGUAAGAGAUAAUAAUCAGCUCAAAAGGUUUCACCUUCAUGACUGGAUUUUUCAAAAUACCUUCCUCGUGAUAUAUUGCAUUUUUUAAUUGACUUAUUUGAAUUCGAAGAUAACAAAUUGUCCUACAGAAGCUGGUACUUGAUAAAAUAAAAAUCUAUUAACUCUCCCUUCUGCUGACAUGUUUUGUAGCAAACAUUUAAUUAUCUUUUUCACAUCAGACUUUUAAAUAAACCAGUGUCAGCCCAGUGGACUUGAUUUGUUCACGUUUUAAACGGUCCGCACCUUAUCAGGAGGACUUCAGUGAAGUCGGAUAGCUUAAUUAACUAUACAUACCCUCGUCUGUCAGACAACCCUGACUUUGUGGACACACUGAUAGUGUCUGUGAGUGAAAGAAAAGGAAUGUUCGUAAAGCCUCGGUCACACCUGACUGGUCAGGGAGUCGAGGGCCAACAGGACAGAUCAGGUGUCAGAAGCAGCGGCGAGGUAAUGUUUCGGGCGGAUAACCGGGUGGCUAUAGAAGCUAAUGGACAAUUAUUCUCAGGACUGCCGGUACCCGGUAAUGACUCGGCGUCUGACGCAGUCUUUUGUUGAGCUGCACGCGGUGCUCUCUCUUAUCUACCCCUCCCCUUCCUUUCUCCACCCCACCCACACACAAGACUUGUCAACCUGAACCCAGGCUACUAAUACGUCUGUCCCCGAGUCCCCCAGGAGUGGAGCCCGAUGCAGUUACCUGUUCUUUGUAGACCUGCCUGUCCAUGACAGACCGAGUUACCCGACUCCACCCGCUUGCAGCUUUGAUGGUUGUCGCUGGUCGCGAGCUACCCACCCUAAGUCCCCUGUCACCGAGGGGGGAUAUUGAGAAGGUACAACCCCACCCUUGGUGUUUCUCUCCCAGCUCCUGCCUCCCAUCUUUAGCCCUCUCUCCAGUCCCUCUUUCUUUCCUUCCGGCUGGCAGUGGUCCUCGAGCUCAGUGCCUUGCUACUCGCCGGUGUUAGUGUUAGACACUGUGGCGGCCACAGGCAGGUGCACAGGCGUCUGCAGGCGCUCAGCUAACGGUUCCCACACAGGAUGGAGGGGGAUGGAGGAAGGGGAUGGAGGCAAUGGCGGCAUUAAACGUAUCAUUUUUCCUCCCACCCUUUUCUCUCCAGAAACUCAGACACAGCACAGUUCUCUCAGCACAAAUGACUCAGAAAAAAAUUAUCAAACUUACUUUUUUUUAAUCUUCCUCUAAGGUAUGUGUUUAUAAAUGACAACAUCUCAACCCUGCCGCAGUAUCCUCUCAGACACAAGCGUUGUCUGUGGUUUGUAGUUCGCGAACAAUUCCAGUUAUGUAACGCUUCAGGCUGCUUUCCCGAGCUUUUUUAUCAUCCUUUUGAAAUUUUAUAAAAGGAAUAGUUAAAAGAAUAAAAAAAAAUCAACUAAAUUUCAGCGGUUUUUGCUGGGGAAUAUCUCUGAAAUCUGAUACCUUCGCAGAUUAAAAGUCUGGCAGGAAGAUAUGUGGACUUUCAUUCUCUCCAUGGUCUGGUGAGCACGCGUUCAAUUCUCAGCGGCGAUAGUUUAAACAAAAUGGAGGGAGCCUCAUCCUCCGCAUACCAAGUGCAGUAUGGGACACGCAGAAGCCAAUACAACAUCAGGGGCAGCAGGGAAAUCUUGAUUGUCGCUGGAACACCCAGGGAGCCGAGGCCACUGUCUGGGGUUUCCGUCAGACAGGAUCCUCUUACAGGCCGGUCACAAAUAACUGUCACCCAUUGCCACCUCUCCUCCGCCUGGCAAGUCGCGCCUGUCUCCAUCCACCGCCUGUGUGGGAGGUAGACAGGUGGACAUCAAAGUCGGGAAUUAAAACCUUUCCCUCCCAUUGACUUCCGGUAACAAAGGUAUGCACACACAUGCCUCACCGAGCUCUCUUUCUCUAUUCCAUCCCAAACUACACCACCACCGAAGAAGGAAAAUAAUUUUUAAGCUAAUAAAUAUUUUAAUUCUUUGGGGGUGGGAAUCUUGUCAUUUUCAAAACUUUAAAAUACAUUAUUUGCUUUGAUUAGAAAAUUGCUGUCUUGUAAAGAUCACUACGAAAUAGUUUGGGAAGAAAGGAAUGUUUUUAUUUACUUUUUUCAGUUAUUUGUAUUUACUUCGGCCCAUCGUCUACACGAGGAGUUUUAAUUCGUGUUGUUCACAUGAAACUGAGGAAUAAUUCGAGUAUGAAAGUGUCUCUCCUAUCCUUAUACACCAAACUUUUCAGUCUCAUUAUUAUUUUCCAGUUGGGGACCCCCAGCCCUAUCCUCGCUGCUGCUUUUUUUUUUUUUUUAAAGGUGCGUUAGUUGAAAAACUGUUUUCACUCGAGGGGCGACCGCGCAUUUGAUGGAGUGUCCCUGACUGGCCAUUGUUUACAAUGCGAAGCAUUUGUUUAUGAAGGCAUCUCGGCGGGAUAGGGGCACUUGGCUGUUUCCGGUGGUGUUGUGGUCCCUGUCUUAUCUCAGGGGGAGAGAGUUCGGGACAGGCCUCGUGUAGUGGACACAGUUCUCUCCCUUUCCCAUACCACGUCAACAGAAUGACUUGUGGGAGUCAGUCACUUUAGCUCCAUAUUUAGUGACGUUCGCGAAAAGCCGCACGUACUGUAGCCUACGUGACAGCCCCGUAUUUAUGACGUUGACGUCACUCAAGCUGAUGUUGUGAUGACGUCACGCCUGAAUAAGCUUCUUGCGAUCGUCCCACGGUCUCCAAGAGCCGAGUGGUGAUCAGGUCAGCCCACGACCUUGCGGUGUGACGCUCGGUUGCUGAUUGCGUGUUCAAUGGCCACGUGAUCUCGUUACGUAGAAGUCUCGUGUAUCGAGGCUGUGUGUGGGUCGUUAGACUGUAUAUGUACACCGGCUGGUGUGCGUGUCGUCAGUCAAGGACAGCAAUGUUCCGGCCUGACGACUCCACCGACUGUGCAGCUGUGACAUCACACGCAAAGGAAUAACGUAUUGGGAGGUGAAAUACAUUUGGGGCAUGUUACGUGUCCUAGAAACGGCAUGUAGAAGGGCGGACAACUACUCUUCUUUUUUUAAAAAAAAAAACCAAAAAACAACAUCCUUGUAAUUCCUGUUUCUAUCAUAGCUGAGUGUGAAGUGAGGCGGGAGGAGGGUUAGUCGCAGGCCUGAGUCUUGAACUAGUGACCUUCUGAUCCGCACUACCCGCCUCGCCUCCACGCAAGAAAAAAAAGUCAGUUGUGCGGGUGCCAUUCAAAAAAUGAAAGAGUGCAGUUAUUUUGCAAGCUGCCUUUCCACCGAGUUGCCCUUUAUCUAUUAAUCUUUUUUUAACCUUACCCUUGGUUCUCCCCGUCUUGUGCAGAUGACAAAUUGCUUUUAGUCUCGCAGUGUACAUGGCGUACCGCUCAGUUCGGUUGGCGGUCCAAAAACAGAAAAUCUGGCUGUUCAAGAGUCGGGCAUUGAGAACAGUUGUGAUAUUACGGAUGAGAUGGAGGGAAGGGUUGUCGAGGUCGGUCGAUACCAACGCCGUUUCUGUCUGUGAUUAUCGAACUCCUUGUCCUCAGUGACACGGUGCUCCCUUGCUCAUCGACUGCGACUGUCCUUUGUACAUCCCGGGUGCGCUCAAACACAAGCUUCGCCUUUGCUUAGCGACGCCCCCUUCCCCACCAUCCCACCCCACCUUCACUCGCCCUCGCCACUGAACCACAGCUACGUCACAGCCAGUGCCGAGCUCUCAGACCGUCUUUGAUCCGAGAUACCCGUCAAAGUGACAUGCCCAUAUUUUGUGAUCACAAACACAGCCAAGUCUCUUAAUCUCCAGGAACCGCCACACAGGCUUUUGUGUCAAUGCCUUUUCUAAUUUCCAUUUUCUAGUUUAGAAGCCACCCGAAGUCAGGAUCAGGCUUGAGAUUUAAUUUAAGCGCAUUUGUAGGCUUUAUCCCAGCACCAACGGUCUCAAUAGACUCAGUAUUUUACAUACAGACCACGAACAUCUAACUUUUCAGGGUAGGCAUCAAAUACAACCUCGUGAACCUUCGAGACCGUUCUUGGCCGACCGUUUUUAUCUGUCGUCUGCCGAACCGUCACAUCUCAGAAGUGGUUCAAAGUGUAAAUGUUCUGAACGGUUUGCCCCCAGACUGAUGCUUUCUCAAACUUUUGACAUUAACAAGCAGCUCUGCCAAACUUUAAAUUAUCGGCGACUUUUCUCCGGUUAAAAAUGACAUUAAACGGCAUCUCAAACACCAUGUGGGACUGUGGGAUAUGUUUUCUGUAAGUCGUUAGCCGAGACACAUUCGGGAUGCCCGCCACCUGUCGUGGGUUAGGGUGUAAAGGGCAGAAAAAGGGGGAGUGAGCUGUCGGGCCCCCAUAAAAAAAAAAACCAUGCAAAGUCGCAACCCAACCCAGCCCCUCACACCCGUCGUCCUCCUCCCGCCAGUGAGAUUGGUUUCUUACUUACAGUCCCUCCCCACGGCCACACGUUGGACAGAUCGUGUUGUCAGCGGAAGGAAACCAUCCCUUCCCGACAUCCACACUUGCCACAGCCAGAGGUUCACAGAGGGUCUGUGACAGUGGCUUAGGGUUGGCAGUGUUUAUGAGCACAAUUUCCCCACCCACCCACUUCUGUACCCCGUGACCCACCCUUCCAUCCACCAACCUUCCGACAACUACCUCCGGGUCCGGAGUUUUUUCUUCCCCCUCCGUUAUCGCAGCAGCCGGCGACAUGAAACAGGUUAACAACCUCCGCCCUCCAGAAACAACGGGUCGACAGCGGAACUCGACUUGGAGGGCGUGCAGUCAUCUCCCUUUCUCAUUCUCUCCCCAACACUGCCUCCGGCAACGCAACCCUUCUCAGGUCUCCCAUAUGUUAUCAGAAAUAAAAAGAGGCGUGUGACAGACAACGGAACAGAACAUGAGAAUUGUGAGGUACUUUGGUUCAUAUUUUGUCUUGGAGAAUUUUUUUUAACAGGAUGUCCGCAAGGGACGUUCUCUGGGUACCGUAGUUAACUCUUUUAUUACCCAGUUUCUGUCGUAUUGCGGAGUUAUCUCUCGAUGAAAACACCUUUUUAUGUUUUUUAAAAAUCCACUAACCAGACUCAAAACAGAAGGAGGGAAAAAUCCCCUUACCCCUAAAUUUGUAAGUAGUGUUCACUCAUGCACGACUGAUGUUGGGUCGUGAAGUCCUGUUCUUGACUGAACUGGUUGGUGUCCAGACUGCCAGAUGACGAUGUUGUCCUGUUGUCUCUCUGCCAGUCUUCACAAUUCCCAGUACCCGUCUUCUUAGCUGCUGACCACCUCUUUGAUUCGGGUGCCCGCAUGUGUUCUCAGUGCCGACAUGUGUUCUCUGUGUCCACUCUCGUCGGAACGGAAGCUGAUUGUCCCCCCCUCACCAUUGUUGUCUCCAGUGUUUGUUCACGGACCGGCAUUUAGACCCUGACCGUGUUAUACCUACCAUGGACCUCAGCGCGUUCUACCACUGGCUGCCAUGCAGACCUUCACCUCCGCCUUGUCCGAGUCACUGGCCAGAGUGCCAAACACCAUGUUGUUGUCCUUCUCUGGACCUUACAAAGCUGUUUUUAUAUGUGAUCCUCACACAACACUGUUUCCAUGUGUAGACUCUAACAAUGAUAUACCAUUGGCCGGGAUUUGGACCUUCACAUUGUCACAUAUUGGUGGUCAUCAUCUGGACCACAGUGUCAUAAUUAUUUUUAUUUUAUCUCAGUGUAAUGUAUGACCUAUAGUGAGACAUUGUUAAGUUUGUAUUUUACCUUCCCUUAAUUCAAGCAUACUUUGUUUUGUAGGAAUGAGAAGUUCCACCCAGUCACGAAAAACUAAUUAUAUCAUCAAGAAGAUUAUGUUGUCUCAUGGAUUUUCUUUUCUUUGAAAGGAGAGGCGACCUGACAGUAUUUGUUUUCCAGCACUGACAGUAUUCUUGUUGGGUGAGAUGUGAGGAAUGUCAAGUCCACCCCAUUGUGGACAUAAAUCGUUCUAUCAAGAGCGAAGAUGGUGUUGUCUCUUGGAUCGUUAUUACAUGAUUAUUACAUUCAGUUGUAGCCAACACUGCAGUCUGUGUGACGUGCAGCACGUGCACUGAGUAACGGCCGCGUGACGUCCUCGUACUGACGUGUAUUCUCAUCGGUUGGUAGUUAUCGCUUUUUUGCGUGCGUGUCUGUGUGUACAACAGGUGAGACAUGGGAAGAGGCUGUCGGGAAUGCCUCAUCGUGUCUGUCCACCGCCUACACGUGUCUGCUUUGUAGUCUGCGCCCACCUGAAUUCUCGUCACCGACUUCCAUUGUUUUUCUCCAGCAGGUGUUAAUGACGUUAGCGACCUUUUCACCCGCACUCUUCACUGAAAGGAAUAACUCCUUUUCUUUUCAAACACAUCAAUUUUUUGUUCAUUGUUGGUAUGUAGUUCCAACAAAAAGACUUGGAAUAUUCAUAUUAAUCUGUUUAAAUAUUUGUUAUUGUUUUUCCGUUUUUGUGCCUUUUUUUUCCUUUGAAGACAGUUUAUGUUAAUAUAUUGUUAAAAUGUGAAAACACUUUAAAAGCCGGGUACAGAGCGUGGGCAAGUGGAAUAUCAUGAUCAUUCGAAAGACGAAGAAUUGGAAACGAGCAUUAAGGUUUUUAAUGAGCAGAUAAAGGUAUACACAAGUGUGUUCAUAUCUAGCAUCUAUAGCCCGUGUGUGUGCUAAGAAGGUGAUUCACAAUCCCAAUGGACAAACUAAAAGAUCACGAGAGCAUUUCCCGUCGUUUGAGGAAUAUAAAUGUUUUGGUUGCCACGGCGACCGCUGGUCCAUGUUUCAGUCCGCAAGCUGUUGGCGCAUUCCGUCUCUUGCAGUCGAAGCAUUUGGUUGACCCCAGCCCCAGAGCUGUUGCUUGAUGAACGACUUAGCGACGGACACUAUCGACUGGUGCCAGCUUUUUAUCACCUCCAUUCUUCUGAUUAUUAAAUACCAGCGAGUAAUGAGGCACAGUCCUACCACACAUACCCGACCUCAGUAAAAUUAAUAACCUCGCAAGAUGUCGCCCGAGACGACACGCGCACGCGCGACCUUUUGUGUUUUACGAUUAUAACCUUCUUUGCAUAUGUUAUGGGACUUAGAUCAUGGCACAGACACAAUCAAUGUAAAAAAAUAUAUAUAUAUAUUAUCGCCAUGUCUGUAGUCGAUUGCCACCUGGUGUUACAGCUGGAACUGGAAGAAAUUCAAGGUGUGUGAGAUUUUCACCAUGUGCAAAGUCGAAGUGAAAGAAAAAGAAGUGCAGUGCUGUCUGUUGAAAAUUUUUAGAUAAAAGUGUUUUCAAACAAUUGGGAAGGGCCAGUAACUAGCUUUCAUAAAAAUUUAAACCUUUAUCCUGUAAGAAAUUACGUCCAGGUGAGUUAUUUGUUUCCUGAUGAGAGGAAAAAAGGGAAUGUGCAGGAAUAUGUUGUCUGGACAGUAAUCUGACUAGCGAUAACCACAGCUUUGUUUAAGGAGAAUUCUGGGAAUUUUCAAAUAUGUUUGCGUGAAACAUUUUAAAUUGAAGCACUAUAUCUCAUGCCUAUAAUUAUUAUUCAUUAAAUCGUUGGGACUAAUGACAACCAAAUUUAACCUCGCAUUGUCACCAAUGUUUACUGUAAUCGCGACGUGUGUAUUUACACCUGUGUGCUGCCGAGACCUGGCACUAUUUUUCCUCUUUUUUUUUUCAGGUUCGUUUCAGUUCCUUUUGCUGACGUCCCGUCUUUGUUCAAGUUUUUUGCUGCUGACGUUCAAGCUUCGGUCGAGUUCUUUGCUGCUGACGUUCCAGCUGCGUUCACCUUCUUUGCUGGUUACGUUCAGGCUUCGAGUUCUUUGUUGGUGACGUCCCAGCUGCGUUCAUUGUCUUUUGCUGGUGACGUCCCAGCUUCGUUGAUGUUUUUGUUGUUGACGUUUUAGCUUCGUUUAAAGAUUUUUGUUUGUUUCACUGACGUUCCAGCUUCGCUCACAUUCUUUGCUUCUGACGUUCCAGCUUCCUUUGUGCUGAUGUCGCAAUUAAUUUUUUUUUAUUUCUGGACUUGCGACAUUUGUCUGGAAUAUGCCGUACGUCUUGAUCAGUUAAAGAAAAUAAAUAAAUAAAUCGAACUGAAAAAUUUUUUUUCACUUGGCGUCAGAACUGCGACACUGCGUAGCUAGACAGUCGCUCUCUGUCUCCCCAAGUCCCUCACGUGACUCUUGUGGGUAAAGAUCAGGAGCAGUUGCAUGAAGUGUUCGUACGACAAGAAAGCUAUCCAUAAAUGUUAGUUUAUGGAAAAGAAUGUACGAGCAGGCGUGCAGCCUGGUCCUUUCACAUCCUCUGCUACACAAGCCACACAAAUCAGACGAUGUCCACCCCGUCAUCGUCCAACAUGGACAGUCGACAGUUAGUGCAGUCGCCUGCUGUUGUAGUCCAUCAGGACAAGAGAGUAUACUUUGCUGGUGAUGUGCCUUUGGUGACGAGUAGGUUAAGUGGUAGGCGACGAGUACGGAGGCUGAAUCGCUGCUGGUCUCCAUCUCUGACACAGAGUGCAGUUUCCCGUUUAGUAUUAUGAACAACAACUCUUCAAGUACAUGGGUACCUCGGCAGUCGGACUGCUCCGUGCUCGAACAUUUCAGUCCUCGACUAAUAUUUUAGAGAAAAUUUCUUUUUCAGUCCUUGACCACUUCUUGGCACUAGAUCAUAUUUUUAAAACCUGUGUUUUACCACGGUGACACAUCCGGGCGAAACAUGAGGUAAAGGGUCACUUUACGGAAGAUAUAUCCUGUCGCUGUGUUCCAAAUCUCGUGGGUUUUUUUUUAACUUAUACAUAUAGGCAUAUGAUCACCAUGGCACCCGAAACAUUUCUAGUGCUUUAAGUGAAAGAAAGAGGAAAACAUCAGUAACAACAGUGGGUUUUAGAGAAAGGAUUUUAUUGUCAAGUAUGAGAGUGGCAUCCGUGUCUGAUCAGUAUUACAUGUUUAAGUUCUUAGUUUUAAACUCAUCGUACAUUUCAGUGGUAAAAUGUUUAACACCAAACCCAUCUUUUUACAUACAUUAUAAAAGACUAUGAAUAAUACAAGUCAGCUAGCUAUUGGUGGCUGCCAAAACCAAUUAAACACAUAAUAAAUAAACACGUGUUCAGCCUUCCACAACGGAUUGUGGUCGAAUGCCGAGGUACAACUAUUUUUUUUCAACAUCUGCUACUGCUUAUCCAUCUACUGAUCGAAGUGCUGCUGUUGUUGCUGCUAUUAUUAGACACACGCACCCACUCACGUAAAUACACCGCCAGGCUACGUCUACAGAUCUCAGAGUUCAUAGUUCAAACAGUUCAGACAGGUCGGGUCCAAGUAGUUCACGAAACAAAUGUGUUUGGGAGAUUAAAACUGGUUUUAAAAAAUACAUGUUGAUUUAUCUACCAAUAUGGACAAGUGUUUACCUGAUUUAUAGAUAUUUGUGUACAUAAGCCAUGUAUUAUUUCCCCUGAUUCGUUUCUUGACUUGUGUAUUUGUCAGUCCGUACUUGGUGCAAUACUGGCCGUCAGUGUCAAAUACGUGAUGUGAUGAAGAAGAAAAAAAAUACGAAACAAUAUUUUAUGUCGAGAGGCAUAAAAUUGAGUGCGAAAAAAAAAUGCUGGUUGACUAUUUUUCAUCUGUGCGAGUGUGUAAAUCACACAGUCAGCGGUUGCACGUGCCUGUGUUCUCGGCUCUCCGUCAUUCCAGACUUGCCGGGCUCGGGGUUCACCCUCGUCUGGUGUUUGUGUCGUCACGGUGCGAGCGCGUGUGGUGUCAGUCUGUUUGACCUUUUCUUAUCGAUGUCUCCAUGAGACUUUGUUGUGAGGCCACUUGCAUGAAAUAAUACCGCCACGUGAUCAGUGGUGGGCAACACUACCCUGUGGUUGGCUUCUGAACACGUGCAGAGGUAGACAUUCACUUACAACUGUUGGUGUUUGACCAACAUCGAGUGUCGGUGAUGCUUCUAAGAUCUGAUUCUUUUGUUUUGAUGCAUGUAGAAAAAUAUGGCUUCAAAUAAUGUCACUCUAUUGCCCUCUUCUAACUGGCUUCUUUCCCCUUCCUGUGUCGAUUUAUACGUCCAGGGACGAAAACAAAAAGGAAAACGACAUAGAGGCAGGCAAGCAGUUUCUAGAAGCUGUCCUCAGUAGGUAAACAGUUUGUGAGAGUUGUUUCCGGGAAGGUGAACAAUUUCUGAGAGCUGUUCCUCGGAAGGCGAACAGUUUGUGAGAGCUCUCUCCAGGCAAACAGUCUGAGGGGAGAAAAGUAGUUUGUGGGAGGCGUUUCCAGAUAAGCCGGCGGCGCAGACUAGGAUGUCAAGCGGAAGUAGAUGUGUAUCUCGGGCUGAUACGCCAUCUGGCAGAGGACUAAGUUCUCUCCCUUCACUUUAUUCCUUCCCUUGCCGUUCUUGUUUUCCCCGGGGUAUUAAUCAUUAUUUGCGCAGCAGUCGGAUAUGUUUAUUGGCUGGUGCCGGGGUGGGAGGGAGUGCAAGGGGAGAGAAUGCAAUCGAACGAACGCAUACGAGAGAGUUUUGACCGAGUCAGUGAGCGCACCAACCGUGGAAUUAUUUUUUAAGUCUCUAAAGCCGAGAGUUUUACUUAAUUAUUCACAGUAUUCCUACGAAUGAAGCUGAAGACCGCUAAUGACAUUCUAAGAAAGGUCCUUAAUUACAUCUCCCCAAUCCCAAGUUUCCCGAAAGAGAAAAGAAGCCUCAUCACAACUGUGCGACUAUUUAGGGAAUACGAACGGAGGCAGUUUAACGACCAGGUUAUUUUUUUCUUGUUGUUUUGCUUUGAUGGACGUAGAGCCAAUCAGACACAAGUGAGGAUGUUAUUUUUGGGGUGUCCCUGCUAUUUCCGUGUCCUUCGCGAGACCUGUUUGGACUACCGGCGGUUAUUAAAUUCCGAGAGAGAGAGAGAACGCGGGAAAAAGUCAGUGAGAAGAUUUAAACACAAAUCGAUGAAGACUCUCAACGACAUAUGGGUGUGAAGCGUGUUGCUAUAUUUGUAACUGCCACCAAGCAGUUCGCGGACGCAGUUACCUCUUAAUUUUUUUUUAAUUUAUUUUAUUUUUGUUUGUCCCUUGCCAUCCCUACUCCCCAACACCAUCCUAGCUCCCCGCUGUUCCGAUGUAGAAUGUGGUCAUGCAGAGAUGAUCGAGUCCACAGUCUCUGAGUCGCACCGAAAAUGGGAACGGGGAUGAGGGGGAGUGGAGGUUGAGUUACGGUGGGGGUGAGAAGAACGGGCAGGGAUGUAGUUCAGUGGGCGGAGGGAGUAAGGAAGAGGGUGGUCUGGAGAGUGUGUGGACUCCGCACGGUUACAAGACUGAAAAAUUUGAGAACUGGGGUCUAUUCCAUAUGAAACCCCUCACCUGCAAGUCAACAAUUAUUAUUUCAUUUUUUUCCUAUAUACCUUCAUACCCGACUGACACGUGUAGGCGCGGGUGCGACGCAGCUACUGAUGUCGCUGGUGGGAGCCUGAGAUGAAGUUUUUAAUAAUUCUGGAAGGAAGUGGGUGGGUUGGCUUAUUUUUUAUUUGGAGGGUUUGGGAUGAAUAUCGUUUAAAAUGUUUUCCCUGUAUUUGUAGAUGUACUUCACCUGGAAGUUCUGUGUGGUGACGUCAGCGCUAGCUGGCUUGGUCUGGCGCUGGGUGUCGUGGUGACGUGCUGUUUUGUUUGAGUACAUCUAGUGCAGUUCAUGCGAACUCUUGUCCAGUACACGCAAACUCAAGCUUUGUAUGUCAUUGUGCGUAAUAAACCUGCAUCCACUGCA